AUGGUUGGCAUUCAGCAAGUUUUCAUCCCCGCCGUCCUGAUCGGCCUGGCCGCGGCUGCUCCUCUCGCCCCUCAGCCUGACAUUGCCGUCCGAGAUGUCAACGACUUCGCCGACCUUGACCUGGCCGCUCGUGACCUCGUGCUCGACCUUGAUGAGCGUGACUUUGAGAACUUCGAUCUCGUCCUCCGAACCCUUUAUGGCGAUGAGCUCGAUCUUGAGACCCGGGCCAACCUCUUCAGUACUGUCAAGGCUGUUGCCCCUGCCUUGAAAAAUAUCAAGAAUAUCCUCCCUGGAUCCAAGAAGCUGGUUGGCGCCGUUUCCGGGGCCGUCAAGGCCAAAAACGCUGUUGCCGGUGCUGCUAAAACAGUUGCUAAAACUGUGGUGAACAACAAGGGCAAGACUUACGAUCGUCUUCUCAAGACCGCCGACACCUCAAUGAACGUUGCCAAGACUGUCAAGACCAAUCAAAAGCCUGCUCAGGGAAAGCGUGAUGAGUGGGACCUUGAAGAGCGCGAUGAGUGGGAUCUUGAGGAGCGUGAUGACGAAUGGGACCUCGAGGAGCGAGCCAAUCUCUUCAAUGCCGUCAAAGCUGUUGCCCCCGCCCUAAAGAACAUCAAGAACGUUCUUCCAGGAUCCAAGACGCUUGUCGGCGCUGUCUCCGGCGCCGUCAAGGCCAAGAAUGCUGUUGCCGGUGCCGCUAAGACUGUUACCAAGACUGUUGUGAAUAACAAGGGCAAGACAUACGACCGUCUUCUGAAGACUGCCGACACCUCAAUGAAGAUUGCCCAGACUGCUCACAAGCGUGGUGCCGAGGAACAUGACUCGGCCUCCGAACACCACACCAAGAAGGGCAAGAAGGGCAGCAAGAAGAGCAAGAAGGUGGCUGGCAAGAGGAAGAACCGCAUUUCCAAGAAGGCCAAGAAGCACAGCGAGGAAAACUAA